CGCCCUGGUUAAUGUGAAGCCCGCCGGUCAGGCCUGCGCAGUUGCGGCGGCCGGGGAAGAUGGUGGAGGACGGCGCGGAGGAGCUGGAGGACUUGGUGCAUUUCUCCGUGUCGGAGUUGCCUAGUCGUGGCUACGGCGUCAUGGAAGAGAUCCGGCGGCAGGGCAAGCUAUGCGACGUGACGCUCAAGAUCGGGGACCACAAGUUCAGUGCUCAUCGGAUCGUCUUAGCUGCCUCCAUCCCGUACUUCCACGCUAUGUUUACGAAUGACAUGAUGGAGUGCAAGCAGGACGAAAUUGUGAUGCAAGGGAUGGACCCAAGUGCCCUGGAGGCUCUCAUCAACUUCGCUUAUAAUGGCAACCUUGCUAUAGACCAACAAAAUGUGCAGUCACUGCUGAUGGGAGCAAGCUUCCUGCAGCUGCAGAGCAUCAAAGAUGCUUGUUGUACAUUCCUCCGAGAAAGGCUUCACCCCAAAAAUUGCCUGGGCGUGCGCCAGUUUGCAGAGGCGAUGAUGUGCGCUGCGCUGUAUGGCGCAGCCAACAGCUUCAUCCACCAGCACUUUGUGGAGGUGUCUCUGUCCGAAGAGUUCCUGGCCCUGCCCUUGGAAGACGUGCUUGAGCUGGUGUCUCGGGACGAGCUGAACGUGAAGUCAGAGGAGCAGGUUUUUGAAGCUGCAUUGGCCUGGGUCAGAUAUGACCAGGAGCAGAGGGGACCGUGCCUGCCCGAGCUGCUGUCUAAUAUCCGCCUGCCUCUUUGCCGGCCCCAGUUCCUAUCAGACCGAGUGCAGCAAGAUGACCUGGUGCGGUGCUGCCACAAAUGCAGAGACCUGGUAGAUGAAGCAAAGGACUAUCACCUCAUGCCAGAGCGUCGGCCCCACCUGCCGGCCUUCAGGACUCGGCCUCGCUGCUGUACAUCCAUCGCUGGGCUCAUCUACGCCGUGGGGGGCCUCAACUCAGCAGCAAAUUUUUAUGCAGGUGAUUCCCUGAAUGUGGUAGAAGUGUUCGACCCCAUCGCCAAUCGCUGGGAAAAGUGCCAUCCCAUGACAACGGCCCGCAGCCGCGUGGGUGUGGCUGUGGUGAACGGUCUUCUCUACGCUAUUGGCGGAUACGACGGUCAGCUGCGGCUGAGCACCGUGGAGGCCUACAAUCCUGAGACGGACACAUGGACCAGAGUGGGGAGCAUGAAUAGCAAGCGAAGUGCCAUGGGGACCGUCGUGCUGGAUGGACAGAUCUACGUCUGUGGAGGCUACGAUGGCAACUCCUCCCUCAACUCUGUGGAGACCUACUCACCCGAGACAGACAAGUGGACAGUAGUGACUCCAAUGAGCUCAAACCGCAGUGCUGCUGGGGUUACCGUCUUCGAGGGCAGGAUAUACGUGUCAGGUGGCCACGAUGGCCUGCAGAUCUUCAGCAGUGUGGAACACUACAACCACCACACGGCCACCUGGCACCCAGCAGCCAGCAUGCUCAACAAGCGCUGCCGACACGGUGCUGCCUCCCUGGGAAGCAAGAUGUUUGUGUGUGGGGGCUACGAUGGCUCUGGUUUCCUCAGUAUUGCUGAAAUGUAUAACUCUGUGGCAGACCAGUGGUGCCUCAUAGUGCCCAUGCACACACGCCGGAGUCGGGUCUCCCUCGUGGCCAGCUGUGGGCGCCUCUAUGCCGUGGGGGGUUACGAUGGACAGUCAAACCUAAGCUCGGUGGAGAUGUACGACCCAGAGACGGACCGCUGGACAUUUAUGGCCCCCAUGGCAUGCCAUGAGGGAGGGGUUGGUGUGGGCUGCAUCCCUCUGCUCACCAUCUAACGAGAGGGUGGGAUGCGGUGGAUUAGGGAUCUGGUACAAGCAUAGGCGCUUCCUUCCAGGGGAAAGUGCUCUCGGAAGAGGCAGUGGUGGACCAGAAGACAGGGUGAGAUGUGAGCCUGCCAGAGGGACAGUUAUUCCAGGUGCUUAAGUCUUCCCUCACUGUGCUGCCCUUGUGACCUUAGGUUAUCAAGGUGCAUAGCACAAGGCAAGCGUCCCUCUGGGUCCCACAGCCGGUAAGGCGGGAGUGCUUUGCUGGCC